AUGCAUCAAUUUAUCUUUAUUUUUCUUCUCAUUUUAUGUAUUCAAUCUCCGGCUAAAGGAGAAGGAAAUAGUUUUAGCGUUCAACUUAUUCAUCGGAAUUCUCCAAAAUCUCCAUCUUAUAACAGUUCUGCCACUCCAUCAGAGCUCAUCGAAGAUGCUAUUUUACGUUCUCUUGAUAGAGCAAACUUCUUCCGUUCGUCUAUGAUCCUCAAAGAGAAAACAAUUAUGCCAACGCUGGUUCCACAUGGUGGUGAUUAUUAUAUGAGGAUUUAUAUUGGCUCUCGGCAAGUUGAAGUCCUUGCUCUUGCAGACACAGGGAGUGAUCUUAUAUGGAUAAGAUGUCUUCCCUUUGAUAGGAUCGCAUUAUUUGAUCCACAGAGAUCGACUACUUAUAAACGCCUUUUUCAUGAAACAUCUUUUUGUAGGUUGGUGCCCAUAUGGAAGAACGCACCCCAUUGCCUUUACAAUUAUACUUACGUAGAUGGGUCAUAUUCAUUAGGAUUGUUGAGCAAUGAAACUUUCUACUUAAAUGACACUACUACUACCAAUGGUAGAGCUAAUUCUUUUCCUCGAGUAGUGUUUGGAUGUGGUCAGAAAAAUCACUUGCCUUUUAAGAGUAGUCAUGCUCAAGGUAUCGUUGGCCUUGGUCGAGGGUUAUUGUCAUUAGUUUCUCAAUUAAAAUCUCAAAAUAUUGAAGAAAGGUUCUCCUACUGCUUACUUCCCUGGAAAAAGCUAAUUAGUAAUAAGAUUAAAUUUGGAGUGGGAGCAAAGAUCAAUGGGCCAGGAAUUGUUUCAUCUAAACUUGUAACCAAAGACUCUUCUAACUUCUACUUCCUCAGUCUUAAAAGUAUUAGCAUUGGAAACAAUAAAACAAGAAUUAGUCAAAUCCCAGGUAAUAUCCUAAUCGAUUCUGGAACACCCCUUACCACGUUGCAUUCAAGCUUUUACAAUGAUUUAGAAGCUAUCGUCAAAGAAGUUAUUGGUGUGGAACCAAUAUCAAAUCCACCAGAAAAAUUAAAAUUGUGCUAUGAACCAAGCUUUGUUGAAGAUGUUUCUUUACCAGAAAUGAUAUUUCAUUUUGAUGGUGCAGAUAUUCGGUUAUUACCUAUAAACACAUUUGUGGAAUAUAAAGAGUUUCAAUGUAUGAUGAUAAUUCCAGAUGAUAACCUUUCGAUUUUUGGAAGUAUGGCACAAGUGAAUUUUCAAAUAGAGUAUGACCUCAAGGAAAAUAAAAUUUCAUUUGCUCCAACAGAUUGCACCAUUUUUGGGCUGAGAGAGUAG